AUGCGCAGCAGAAGUGUCCGUCUGACUUUACUAUUUUAUUUCCAGACUCCAACAGCAGCUCGGGAGAAGGAGGGAGGCUCAAAUGGAAAACCAUGCAGCACUUUGAACCCAUGGAGACAUGGCACAGAGGCUCCUCUUCUUAUCCGCGAACAGAUUCAGCGCCAGAUUCGCUUUCAUAUUCACAGUGUCGCUGUCCUGCACUUAUUUAUGUUACAGUAUUAUUUUCUGCCGCAGCACGAUCAUGACAAACCAGAGUUACGACGGCAAAAGAUGCCCAAAUAGCAAGAACGCGGCGGGAGGUGGCAAGAAACUUCUCGGCAAAUUAGACGGCUGCGCUUCGCUGGAAGUCAGGUCUUUGGCGGGCGACGAGCGGCGGGGAUCGAACGCUUCCCGCGAGCAAAGCAAAACCUCGUCCGACAGUUGCUGGACUGAGGGGAAGCUGAGAAACAUGAGUGUUGCGCAGAAAUAUGGGAAUAAGAAGCUGCCCAACGCGUUAAUUGUGGGCGUAAAGAAAGGAGGAACCAGAGCGGUGCUUGAGUUUAUCCGGAUACAUCCAGACGUGCGCGCACUUGGCACGGAGCCGCACUUCUUUGACAGGAACUACGACAGAGGGCUCGACUGGUACAGGGGGCUGAUGCCACGAACACUCGACAGCCAGAUCACAUUAGAAAAGACACCAAGCUACUUUGUCACCAGAGAGGCACCAAGGCGGAUCUCUAGAAUGUCCCACGAGGCCAAGCUGAUUGUUGUGGUGCGCAACCCUGUCACAAGAGCCAUCUCUGAUUACACACAGACUCUUUCCAAGAAGCCUGACAUCCCUACUUUUGAAGAACUGGCCUUUAAGAACAGAAGUUUAGGUCUUGUUGACACUUCUUGGAAUGCCAUUCGGAUUGGGAUGUAUAUUCUGCACCUGGAGAACUGGCUACAGUACUUUCGCCUGCCACAGAUCCACUUUGUGAGCGGGGAACGGUUGAUCACAGAUCCAGCAGGGGAAAUGGGCCGGGUUCAGGAUUUUUUAGGAUUGAAAAGAAUAAUCACAGAAAAACACUUCUACUUCAACAGAACUAAAGGAUUUCCUUCUGAAGAAGCCAGAAGCAGCAGCCAACCUCACUGCCUUGGCAAGUCCAAGGGCAGAACUCAUGUGCAGAUCGACCAGGAGGUCAUUGAACAGUUGCAAGAGUUUUAUCGUCCUUUCAAUGUCAAAUUCUAUGAAACAGUGGGGCAGACUUUAAGUGGGAUUAAGAACAUCUAAAUGAAAAUGACAAAUGUGAGAAGUCAUUGUCACCAGAUCAAAAAAAUUGAGGCUUAUUCCGAUUUAAAAAAUAAUAAUAAUAAUUUGAAUGAGAUAUAGAAAACCCCAGUCAUUAAAACUUUACACAACACCUACAUGCCUUGACUUCACUGUCCAGAUUACUUAUUCAUCAUAUUUACUGAAACUGAGACACUGACUUUAGAGUUUAAAUGAGCACCCUGUCAAGGUGCAGCAAAAUGUCAAAUGAUAGUAAAAAGUUAAGAGUUAUUCUGUAAUGAAUUUAUCUUCAUAUUGUUGAAAGAAAAGCUCAUUGGGUUACACUGAUAUAUCUCCUGAAGUGUGACCGAAACCAAAAUAAGAGCUAUAUCAAUGCACAUGUUCGUGUUUUGUUGUGAUCACCAAAUAUUUUACAAGGACGAAUCAAAGGAAAAAUGUAUAUCUAUGCUUUGUGUUUUUGUUUGUUGUUUUGUUUUUUGUUUUGUUUUGUUUGUUGCUAAGGAUUACUCUUCAUCUCAUAUGGAAUGUUCUUGUCCUGCUCAGAAUUGAAGUCACAAAACCAUGUUCAUGUUACAAAAAUAAAGAAAUGCAACU